AUGGCUAAUGGAUUUAUUAAAUGCGAAGGACAUGUAGAAGUGGAAGAUGUCGGAGAUAAAGUGUGGAAAAAAUUAUACCGUAGAUCAUUUUUUGAAGAGGCAAAGUCCGAUGAGUUUGGUAUAAUUAGAAGUUUCAAGAUGCAUGAUCUAUUUCAUGAUCUUGCCCAGUCUAUUAUGGGUGAAGAAUGUAUGGUUAUUGAAAAAGGAAGCUGGACUCCGUUGUCAACUAGAGUUCACUAUUUAGCAAAUUUUAAUGAGUAUGUUGAUAUGCCUGCUUCCAUGCAAUUCAUGACUGCUUUCAAGAAAGUUGAAUCCCUGCGAACUUUUCUUAAUUUUGGUACUAUGGGUCAGUUGCCAUCAAACAAUUGUCUACGAGCAUUAUGCACAACAUCUUCUCUGUUUUCUCGACUGAAUGACGUAAGACAUUUGAGAUACUUGAGUUUGAGUUGGAGCUCAGUUGCAAUCUUGGAUAAUACAAUUUGUGAAUUGCCAAAAUUGCAAACAUUGAAAUUGGAAUAUUACCCUCAAAUCUCUGAGUUGCCUAAAGACUUGACACAAUUACAGGAUCUGAGGCAUAUUGUGAUUAAUUAUUGUGCUUUACUACAAGAGAUGCCUGCAAAUAUUGGCAAGUUAAGGCAUCUAAGAACACUGAGCUUUUUCAGUGUGGGUUCAAAGCCAGGGUGUGGUUUAGCAGAGUUACAUAGCUUAAAUCUGGGAGGCGAGCUGAGUAUUAGAGGCCUUAAGAACGUCUCUAGUGAAUGGGAUGCUAAACAAGCAAACUUGAUUGAUAAGAAGGACUUAAAUAUCCUAUACUUGUCAUGGGAUGGUAAUGCUAAUUCAAGAGGUAGUACUGUUAGUGAAGAAAUAGUACUGGAAGCCCUGGAACCUCCCUCAACUCUGAAGAGUUUUCAUAUAAAAGGGUAUCAGGGAAGACAGUUAUCGAGUUGGAUGAGAAGUCCAGUCACUCUAAGAGACUUGGUGGAAGUUAAGCUCUUGGACUGUGACAACUGUGAGGAGCUUCCUCCUCUUGGUAAACUACCACACCUGAAAAGGCUAGAAGUGAGUGGAAUGAAAAAUGUGAAGUGCAUAGAUGGUGAGACGUAUGAGGGCGUGGAGGAGAAGGCAUUUCCAUCGUUGGAGGAAUUGAUUCUGAAGAAUUUACCAAAUUUGGAGAGGUUGUUGAGGGAUGAAGGAGUAGAGAUGCUCCCUCGUCUUUCCCAAUUAACAAUUAAAAAGGUCUCCAACUUUAAAUUCCCACGUCUUCCUUCUGUUGAGAAACUUGAUGUUGAAAGCAUUGACGAUGUGGAAAGGGUUGUGGGGAAUACGCCUUGUCUAAAGACCCUGAAGAUUUCAUCGAUUAAAGGAGUAAAGACACUACCUGACCAACUCGGCAUGCUCGAUGCAUUAGAGUACCUUGACAUUAGAUAUUGGUAUGAUGUGGAGUAUUUCCCAGAACAUGUGUUGGAAGGUCUAACUUCUCUUCGAACUUUGGAGAUUCGUCACUGUAAGAAAUUAAAAUCCUUGUCUGAAGGUGUUCGACAUUUGGCAUGUCUUGAGAGAUUGACGAUCAGAGAAUGUCCAGAGUUGAUGGUUCUACCAAGCAAUAUGAGCCAACUAACUGCCCUUCGAGACGUGUCAAUCCUGUAUUGCUCCACAUUACCAGAAGGCUUACAACGUGUCCCCUCCCUACGUUCUUUGUAUAUAUUCAAUUGCAACUCUACUUCAUUGCCGGAUUGGCUGGGAGACAUCACUUCUCUUCAACAAUUAAGCAUUGACUAUUGUAUGGAGUUGAGGUCAUUGCCGAGUAGCAUUCAACGCCUCACCAACUUGUCUUCUUUACGUAUAUACAAUUGUUCUCAUCUGGAGAAGCGGUGCAAGAGGGAAACAGGGGAAGAUUGGCAAUACAUAAACCACGUUCCAAAAAUAGAACUACAUUUGACGUGGAAACCGACGUUUUGUGAUGAAUUAAAGAGUGUUUUUCGUACUUCUUUCCGUAAUGUUUCACUCUGUCCUUGA